AUGGCCUCUGUCGUACCACUGAAGGAGAAGAAGCUCUUGGAUGUAAAACUGGGGGAGCUGCCCAGCUGGAUACUGAUGCGGGACUUCACCCCGAGUGGAAUCGCAGGAGCGUUCCAGCGAGGCUACUACCGGUACUACAACAAGUACGUCACCGUGAAGAAGGGGGGCAUCGCUGGGCUGUCCAUGGUGCUGACAGCUUACGUGGUGUUCAGCUACUGCCUUUCUUACAAGGAGCUCAAACAUGAACGGUUACGGAAGUACCACUAA